AUACAAACUGAAAAUACUUUCUGUAAGAAUCACAGGUGGCUAAACAAUUCUAACUAGUUCGGCUUGUGAACAAGUGAGAGGAAUGCAGUGAAACAGAUAUGAAAUAGUGUUAAUUAUGGGCCAGAGUUGCAGUUGGAUGCACUGCUCUUGUUGGGAAAACUGUGCCUGUUGUCAGUAUGACUCGGCGAUUUGUGGACCUCGAUAUGCACGGUAUCAAAGCGACGAUAUUGAUGUUGACAUGGAAAACGUUGUGGGCGAUCUUCUCGAACUUGAUCCCUUACAGUACGACAAGGAAAGUGGAACAGAAAAAAUCAACGCGUGGAUCGAUGGAACUGUUCCUCAAAUCGGAUUGCCACCGAGUUUUGUCGCUAUCAGCCGUGCUAAGUGCAUCAAAUAUUGGCAAGUGUUACAGACUAAGCCCACCGCUAAACUGAGCGGUUCUUUUGUGCGGUUUUGCUUCGAAAAACGUCCAAACGGAGAGCUACCUAGAUUGCUUAUAGAACACAAGGGAAAAUCGGUCAUUGUCAGAAGUCCUCAGGAUCGAAUCAAACUCAAAUCCAACGAGCCCGAGGUACAUGUUUGAUGCACGACAUUGGAAAAUUAGAGGAAAUACUGUCAAAAGAAUAUUUAAUGAGCUGAUGAAUAGCAGGAGCUGUCAGCGAUAUUACUGAAUGACGUUUGUCUUCGUGAAGGGAUAAAAGGAAAAAAUCUAGUCUGUGAAUAUCUCCAGUGCUGCCCGAAUGGGUUAUCGUCACAUUUUUUUGGGGGGGCCUUUCGUUAGUUUCGUUUUCUGCUAGGACCUGAGAUCAGCUGAAGAAGACGAGCGCCGAUCGUGACAUGCUUACCUACAGUACAUUAUUUCAAGCUCGAUUUAUUUUCAUUUAUGUGGCGUAAGGGAGGUAAAAAGAGGUGUACGUCAUAGUAUUAGUAAUUUCAAAGCGUAUUUUUUGGUUACUUAAUUUGUAUUUAUUUAUCAGAAGAUAUAUUCUGGGAUGUAAACAGAUGAAACACACAUUUGACAUCGUUUUAAGAUGGCAUAUAGUCUUCUAUGAAGUAAGAAUUGAAAAUUUCUCGAGCGUCAUCAAUCAUAUUAUUACGACAACGGCGUUCAAUUCACAAAACUUGGGGAUUCAAUUUUUGGGAAGCAGAUAGGCAAAGAAGUUAAAAUUUCGAGUGAACUGAAUGCUUGAAUAGCUUCAAAUUCUUUGCAGUGUUAACAUACUCUUUCUCGACCGCUUUUAAUUACACAUAUUCGAUCUGCAUUUAUAGAAUGGAGAGUAUGUUUUGUUGGUAAGGAUUUCAGUGGACAAGGAUAAUAAAUAAAAAAAAGUAAAGUUACAUUCAAUCUGUUAAAUGUGUAAAUAAGUUAGCCAAAACCAAACAAUUGUAGACGUUGUAAGUUAUUUAUAUUGCGAUCUUUUAGAAACAUGGCUAGCAAUGACAAAAAAGAGAAUGAAUUCCUUCCAUGGAAUUUUAUUUAUUUAAUAGAUGUACAGCUUUCAGAAUUCUUACAUAAUAUUGAUUUUUUUCUUGUCAAGUCAUGAUCAUUAAGGAAGGGGUUUCAUUACUUCCGUGAAUUAAUAAAAAUUAACUUCUAAAGGUUAAAAUCUUGAACCACA